AUGGAGAGCUGCAGAAAAGAAGACAUAGUCUUCUGGCUAUUUUGCAUGGGGGUGCCCAUCUUCAUGGCUUACAAUGGUGGAGCUACUGCCGGCACUGUAGACACCAUCCAGAAGGCCGGGGGGUGGAGUCGGACGGGACUGGGUCUUCUGGGUGCGAUGGACAAGGUUGGAAUGACGGUGUCAGCUGGAGUUUGGGGGUACGUGCUGCAGAUGGUUCCUGCUAAGUGGCUCCUCACGCUAGGUCUCUUCGUGAAUGCAGUCGCUGUCGCUGUGUUCUCCUUGACCAUGAACUGCUACGUCAUGUACACGGCAAAAUUAUUGAUCGGGCUUUCCGAAGGACUCCAGUGGGUCUGGAUGCCGCUUUGGGUCGUGAAGUUUGCGACCGAAGAAAAGCUGCCAACGUGGAUCAACCUCUCAGGUUGUGUGGCAGCUGGCGUCGGCGCCGGCCUUGGCAUUUUGAUCGCUGGCUUUACCACAGCACAUCACUUUCCAUAUGCGUUGCCUUUCCAGAUCGAGGCAGCAUUUCUUUUCGUCCUGUUUGUGGCCAUGUUGCUGACCCCCUCCGAUGAUCUGGCAAUUAGCAGUGCCGGCCGAAGCUCCGAGGUGAAAGACGAAAUGGUGCGGUCUGAAAAGCGCCUCCGCGCCAUGUCCGACAUUUCAAACAGGUCGGAAGCCAACGGCGAGACUGUGCAGAAUGCGGACAUGGACACUGGUCGACCUACCACUCCGAGGGGACGUCCCGGGAAUCUAUUGAAUACCAUAAGACUCGCUGAGGACGUGCCUUUGGGCGAGCAGCUGUCCCUUCUGUGGAAGAACAAGCUUUUUUGCAGGGCAACCAUGGCCUUCGCUUCUUCCAACUACAUCAAUGCUGGUCUUGCCUUUAUUUGGAUUCGGCUUUUUAUCCAACUCUGGUCAAUGGAGAGACAGAUAUCUACUGUGAGCUUCCUGGCGAUUACCGGUGGAGGUGGUGCCAUCGGAAUUGCCCUCAGCAGCAACCUGGAGAAGGCCCAGGACAUUCACCGCAUCCUCAUCUUCCUACAGAAAGCCAUGGCCGCUUCAUGCCUGGGUGCGCUGAUGACCGUCGCAGGACUGCUUCUGCAACUGCUUCAGAUGGAGUCGUCAUAUGCUUUGACAACCUUGACUCUGACCUGGGGUGGCAUCAUAGUUCUUUGCAUGGGCCUUGCUGCAACAACCGGCCUCAUUCAGAUCGUUUGCAACAACUCAGUGGAGAAUGAGAAGGUGCGUAGCCUGGGGACAGGCAUCGUCCAGGGCGCCAACAAUUUUGUCGGCAACUCACUGGGACCCUUUCUGCCACAGGUGGUUAUGGACUCCCUGGCGAAGAGCACCGGUGCCAAUGAUUCUCAGACACUUUUCUUCGGUGCCGUGAGCAUCGUGGGCGCAGCGUUCAUCGUGUUUGGAUGUGUCACGUUUGCCUUGUCAGAGUCUUCGAGCCAUCAUGCCCAAGAGCAUCAAACGACUUUGCCCAAAGUGACAGAGGAUGCCGCGGAGCAACCUCUUCUCAGCAUUUGCUGCUGCAGUGGAGACCAACGGGCACCCGAAGACAAGGACACCGAUCAACAACCACUUCUAUCCAUUUGUUGCUGCAGCGUGUCCCGGAGUGCUGACGACAAGGCCACUGGCACCCAACAGCCGUCAAGAUGGAGGGAAUUGGAGCAUCUUCAUGAUGCAGCGAAGGUGCAGGCCAUGCGGCGUCUCCAAGACGAACAGGAGUCGAUCAUUCCGCAGGAAGACUGGGAGUUUCCCACUGGAACACGUCUGGCCUUCCAAAGCCCACUGCAGGAUUUCGUUUUUGGCAGCGGAGCAGCUUCUUCAUUUUUGGUCUUGUUGGCUGGUUAUAGGUACAGUAUGGUGUCAGUCAGCGUGCCGCUGGAGUUUGAAUUUGGCAUCGAUCAUAUCGAGGCGGUGCUAAAGCUCGUGGAUGCCAGUAUCCAGGAGCGUGAAUCCUGUUCCAGGCAGCCCUACAAUGUCCCUAUGGCCCUUGUGCGAAAUUCGACGGUAUUGCCUACUUAUGGAGCUUCUGCUCUGGCUGAAGGGACGCUUUUGCGGUUGAGUUCGCAAACAGCCGAUAACACGGUCUUGGGAGCAUCGACGAUUUUUCCACAUACCACCUUCAUGAAUGGUGGGUACUACAAGGUCUGCUACAGCCCCGACGGCAGUAUGACGGGCAAUGAGUUUUUGAAUGCAAUCGUGCCAGUGGACAUUCGGGUGAUAGGAGUCGCAUCGCCUUGUUUGGGAAAUGGUUGUCUUGCCGAAGAACGUUGGGAUUGCUAUGUUUCUUACUUUGGGGAGUAUACCAGCAACUGCCUGAUCGACUUCCGUGCUUUUGGGGGUGGCCGGGAGGGCUGGACAGUUGAAGCAGGAACUGCCAGCAAGUCUGCUUGGACCGCAGCCUGGGAUCGGGAUACGUUUCUCUUUGGGGAAUAUAUCCCAGCCCCCCGGAUUCGCUGCUCUGAUGUGGUGACUGCGGAGUACAUCGCACCAGAAACUGCCGUUUUUGCAGACUUUGCAUGGGCUCCCCCCACGGGGAUGGGCUUCAUUACCGAUGCGUUUACUCCGCUGGAGAUGCCACCUCUCCGCCGGCAAAGUGCAGUGGACAGCCUCACGAUGUCUGUAUGCUAUUGCCCCAGCUACGACGGCCCGGUGGAUCCUACGAACGACCCGUGCGACCAUGCCAGCGAAUUCAUCCAACCCAUCGGCGUGCUCUAUUACUGGCUCUUGCGAGUUUGUGACGUGGGUGGAACGGCAGGAUGUGGUGUUGUCAAUGAGCCCUUUAUGAGAGUACUGCCGCAGCAGCCCUUCGCUCUGCGUUUGCAGUGCCCUCCGGGUGGCAGCUCUUGUUCGGGAAGCUCUCAGAACCAGAUCAAGUUUAUACCUGGCACUUGUCCAGUCUGCGCAAUUGGAGAAGCCAUUACCAACUUGCCGGUUUGGGACCCGAAUUCGCGCUGCCGUGCAGGGGCGGCAGUAAGCGAGCAGAUGCUUUUCUACCCUCCCAAGUUCGAUGAUGAUGGGAUUCCAGUCGAUCCUGCAACGUAUCGCUUUGGAGGUGACCGGCGUGACUACAAGUUCUGGGACGACCCUUACCUUUUGGGAAGACUGCCAAUGAGCGAGCAAGUGCAGGUGUGCUAUUGCGACUCAGAAUGUUGGAACUUCUACAAUUACUUCGAAGUGGGCAGAAUCCGAUUUGCGGACACUGCCGGCAUUGCAAGGUGGUCAAAGCCAUUCGACGAGUUUCAGUUGAUCCAGCCGAUUCAGACAGUGGAGUACGUUGCUAAGCCUGGUGGCAUCACGCUGUUUGGCGGGAUUCGCUCCAACAUUUCGGAAGGCACACAUCCUUACGACAGCCUGUCCUGGCGACGGAAGACUACGAUGAAAAUCCUUUCCUACGACAAUACCGCGAACUACCCGGGUCCUGACGGUACUGCAGUCACACUAGAGCAACUUUGGAAUCUACACCGGGAGUAUACCGCAAGGGGGCGACGGGGAAUGGAUGAUUCCUGCGCUUACAAUUCCACAGACGAAGCCGCGAUCAACGGCCCCAGUACCGAAGAAAACUCGAAGCAGUUCAUGGCUUGGGUCGGUCCGGAUGCCUCCCAGUACUUGCCCUUCACAGGUAUCGAAAACGACCAGACCUUCUUCUUCUAUGAAGCUGGCAUGUAUGCAGUCUGUUAUUGCUCAUUCUUGGAUGCUGACGACAACUGCGCUGAGUCGAAUGACUACAUCUUAGCCGCCAUGAUCAUGGUGAAGGGCACGCGUUCUGGCCAGCUCGUGCAGCUCCCCACCAAGACUUUAGUGCGGAUUGACUUGGAUGGCUGGGGCUUCACCACACAGGACUCACUCCGGCUCAUCACCAUGACACAGACUUGUUCGGAGAACGGCAACAACCCCGGAGGCGUUCUUGACACAUAUCGGCUACGUUGCCCGGGAAUUGAUGGGGAGUCGUGUCGCUUUCCGCGCGGAGAUGAAGACAUCCCCGUGUCGCUCAUAUCGUCAGACACGACAGGUGUGUACAUUGAAAGCGUUGUCAUGGAAGAGUUCAAGACAAUUUUAGUGUUUAGCGGCGACGUGACCUCGGAGUUAUUGGAUGGCGAUGCCAUCACGCUGGAUGAAGCCACAAUCCUUCUAAAUGGCCGUGGGCAAAGUUUUUGGACCGAGACUGAACGGUACCUGGUUUCCAAGCUUUCAGGGUUUUACAAUUUUGCGGAUGAGCCCGACAAAAUCCGGAUGUUGUGGAACCGCAUUUCUUUCGUGGAUGCUGCUGCUGGAUCUGGCCAGGUUUACGAGACCAAUAAGCUCAGCAUUCCAGUAGGAUGGGCAGACGGAGUAGACGCACCCGUUUUCACAUUUGUGGACGCCAAAGGUGGUUGGCAUCGACGAAACCGGCUGCAGACAAAUCAAGAGAUCAAAGCCGAGGCGACCGCGACCUUGAGAAUCUGCUGGGCAGCCAAUGAUGGUGGCUCGCAGGAAUACUACAGCGACGCGGGUGUUUUGACAUUCAUCACUCCGGCUACCAUGGCAGAUGCGGGUGUUUACUUCACGAGCUGGGUGAGCGGGACGGAGGCUCCCGUAGUUAUCUCGUUCUCACCUACCCGGGGCAAGCAAGACUACUUGCGCGACACCGCCAUCGUCCUCAGAAUCCUUUUAAGAGAGAUCCCUCGAGUGGCUGUGCCGUUGAAAACUAGCCGAACCGGGUUUGCGGGUGUCGAGAUGGAAGACAAUGAGACAGUCUCGGCUGAAAGCAUGAGUCAGGCUGUUUGUGGAAGCUUGUUUCUUGAAAUGUGGACGAACGAUGCUGCUGGCUUCCCACUGCCACGAGGAUGCUAUUAUGGCCCACUCUACACAGAUGCACCGCAAUUUGGUGGACAAGCCGAAGCUUCGUAUCGGGAAUACUUCAUCGAGUUUGAUCCGAAGCACGCCUUGAAGGAGGAAUGUGUUGGUACAAACCGUCAGUCCAGCUGCGUAUAUCAGCUGGUCUUGAACAUGAGGAUUCAGCAUGAUGAGUUUAUAACUAGACGGGAGCUGAUCAGCCUCUACACAUACUGCGCUGGCAGAGCGGGGUAUGCAACCAUCUGUGGGCCACGGUACAGUGUGAUCGAGUAUGGGCAGGUCAUCCCAAAGAACGGGGUUUGGCUACCGGAGAUCAACACUACCAAGCUGGGCCGCGUGGAGCUCCUGGACCUCCAGGAAGCGAGUCGUCUGACGGCCAGAGGCCUCCGUCCAGACAUGCAAUAUGAUAUUUGGGAGAAUGCGCUGCAGAUGAAGGCCUCCGACACAAUUAUGGAUGAACUCUCGGGAUUGGAGAUAUCAACCUUGUCCCUGGGCUUGCGUGCUUGGCCGAUGGAACCGGAGUUCCCGCUCCAGUCAAGUGCUCGCUUUCGGCUGAUGUUUCAGCCGCUGACACUGUGGAGGCUGGCAGAGUUCCCGAGCGAUUGCAACGCCACGUGCGUCGCCGCUCCUGGCUUGAGCUGUUUGGAUCAGCGCGGACUUCCCGUGGCGCCCUGUGAAGUGAAAGCCUUGGUGGACACGAGCGCAGUGAGUGACGUCCCGCUGCAGCUGAACGUCAUGGAAUUUUCCUUCCCGAAUGCAUUUGACGAGAUUCCCGAAGAUCGAUCUGAUGAGGCCCACUUGCUCGCCUUCCGUGGCCUGCGGCUUCCCAACGAAGGUUUCUUCACGAUCUGUAUGCUCGUGCAGUAUUACGAGCUGCCAGAUGUGCCACCGAGUAUGGUGGAAGCCAUGCCCUGCGCCAAAAAAGUGCCAACAUCCACAGCGACAUCCGGACGAAUUUUGGUCGAAGGGCAGGCUGGCAAUGGGCCCAAGCCCUUUGCCUUCGAUCGGGACAACGAGCUGGUGCUCCGCCUCAUCCUUGGCGCCUCCCUGCGGAAUCUACCCAGCGGUAAUGUGAUCCUGGGAGAGAAUGAAACCGAAGUUCUUGUGCCAGCCGAAAUACGAGUCCAGCUGCCGCCUGACUACAUGUGCAGUGUGGUCGGCGAUGGGACAGCGGAUCCAGAUGGCAGUAAGGGCUUCUUCACGCAAGACCUGAACAAUGAUGGCUACGCGGACAAUCCUAUGGCUACUGUGGGCAGUGGGACGUGGUCGUCGCGCGAGUCUGUUUGCACAUUCACGCUGGAAAGCACGGCAGCGCUCUUCGCGAACCAGUUUGUCGAUGUACGCGUUUCAGUUGUCAAUCCUCGGUUACCCUUGCGUAAAGAUGACCCUCUAAAUGUUUGGAGCAUCCUUCUCAUUUCACCCUAUGGCGACACGCUUGGCGGCCCCGCACCUUUUAUUUCGCUGGAAGAUGAGAAGUCGCUCCCUGGGUGGGCUGGUAACCUUGCCGUCCUUGGAAGGCUUGAAGGGGAGUCUAUACAGCCAACAAUCUUGGCUGAAGGCGCCAAUAAUACGCUCAAUGUGUUUCUGCAGAUGACACAAGCUAUGCCGAUUUAUUCGUACUUGGUGAUUGAUGCACCGCCUGGAUACGACUUCACCACGACAUGCGCUGCGGGAGAUCUGGAUCCUGCUUACUACCAGGACUGGGAAGCGCUGCCUUGGGGUACCGAGAUCACUGGACCUCGUGCGAUGACAAGCUCUAUUGGCCAGGAUGUGAACUGCACGACAGACGAUUGGCAGAGGCCCGCAGGAACUCCUGUUGCCACUGCUCCGUUCACGCGCGCAUACCUCCGCAUUGGACGAACUCUGUUGCUCGGAAAGUAUUAUGCGUUCCAGAUCAAUAUCACUAAUGCAGUGGAGUGGAACAUCAGUCAACACUCGCAAUGGCGACUCUGGCUGCAGAGUCCAGCAGGCUACAUGGUUGAUGGCUCAACGUAUCCGGUCCAGUUCAAUGCGGCCCGCAUUGACACGAUACCUGUGUUGCCUCACGAUCUUGGCUGGGCAGUUUACGAUUCCGACAUGAAGCUCCCUCUAGCUUUGAAUUUCGGAGCUCCGCGACUUCUGCCCACCGUUGCUUUCGAAAUGAGCGCCUUCCUGACGGUGUACCCUCUGACACCUUCCUCAGAUGGGCAGCCUCUGCAUGUACGCGUUCUGGCUCCUGUGGGUUAUGUCUGGAUCCCGCAUGCUGAGCAAGGUUGGCUGGGCUACGUUCCCAACGUGACCUGCCGCUUUUGCGAGCUCUUCGUGACACCGGAGGUCAGGUACGAGAACGAGCUCCUUUUGCCGGAAUUGAUCAUGCGCCUAAACCAGAACUUCGGCUUCGUGGUUCGCCUUCGAGUUCCUACCCGACCACCCACUCGCUCCACGAAUGCCUUCUUCUUGGAGUUGGGAUACAACCCCGCAGAAUUCAACCUGGACCGAAUGCAAGCAGCAGCCUUCUCGGCACCGCCGCUCCGAGUGGUCAACGACGUGAGCGUCGCAUCGUUGUGCAACAUGGCGGGCUUUGCGGAUAAUGUCCUUGACUUCAGCCUCCGGAUUGCUUCUCCACUUGCAGAGAGCGAUGGCAUCCUUCUAGCCGGUGAUGAACUCACUCGUGGCACUCUGCUUCGUUGCUGGCCAGAGGUCUUGCCAGGGAUGCUCGGUAUUACACCCGAAAACGGGCACUGCUUGGUCUUCCAGCAUGAGACCACUCUACUGCCAAUGAUCAAGCUCUGGCUGAAAGAAGGGCAGCUUCCAGCAGGGUUCUACGGUUUCCGGUUCAGGCGCUCACGCAAUCCUACACAUCCUGCAGCGAGCAUGGCGCACUGGAAUCUGGGAACCUUCAGUGCCUUGGACAUGUACCCGACGCACCAGAUCUUGGAUUUUGGAAUUGACACGCCCAGCCCGCGAAUCUUGGGAUUCUUGGGCGAGGCCGGGCUUCUUGAGCCUCCCGACUACGAAGCUCCGUCUUUCGGGCGCAAUGACCAGCCGUUGAGCGUGAACACCCUCACCUUCUAUUUCUGCAUCGACAAGGCGCCAGUGUACCCCAGAAGCAUGGAGCACUUCCCUUUGGCGCUGCGUGGGCCUGCAGGCUUUGAGUUUCUGGAGGACUGCUCCGGAGGGCUGCGAAGCCUUUCGGAGACUGACCAAACCAGGUUCCCUUGCCGGUCGAGCUUCGCUUCGCAGCCUUGGUGCCCAAGACGACUCGCAUCGUGGCCGAGUCAGCUGGAGCCCAUGGCAUGCCUGGGACUUCAUCACACAGCUCGCAUCUCGGUUCCGAACGGCUUGUAUCUCGCCACAGUAAUGCCAGAAGACAGCACAAUCUCCAGCUUCACAGACGGAGCAUGCUAUGGCUUUGAGAUCCAAGUUCGCAAUCCGGAACUGCCGCCAACUCCAGCAGCAGACAACGUCUGGGCUCUGGACUUCGGCGUCGAGGCAUCCAGGCCUUUCGAGUCGAUCCAGAUACGGACGCUUCGGCCGACGGAGAGCCGGUUGGAGCUGGCCACAGGAGUUGCUUCUCAUACCUGGUGGGCUGUGCUGGACCAGUAUCUGCCGUUUCGGAUCGACUUCAUGCCAUACUCCACGGUUCCGGCUCCCAGAAUGCGGCAACGCAGGUUGCAAAGUGGCAGUGACCCUUUGUUGCCAGAUGCAGAGGACGGGGGAAUCAUGAUCUUCGUUUCUGCCGGCUAUGAGUUUGCCAAGCUCGACUUUGACGUCUGCGCAAAUCCGACUCUGGAGAGGAGGGGCCGAGAACCAUGGGAUCUCGAUGCCCUAUACUCUGCCGCAGAUGCAAUCUGCCGUGUCGGGGAUGAAACUGGUGUGCCAUCGACAGAGGGGGGCGGAGAUGCCCCGGUGUCCAUGAUCUUCCUUCUCACUGGGCGCAAGGCAAUAGUUGAGGGGGUGGCGUACACUUUGGAGGGCCGGGUUCGAAAUCCAUCUGUCCCAACAUGGCCGAUCUCUGCUCAGUGGCGCCUUGAAACAUACAAGCGUUUCAUCGCGACGGGUCAGCGCAUUGCAUUGGACAGGACCUUCCUGCAAAGCAUCCCGAUAUUGAAGCCUGCGCUGGCAUUUCAUGUGAACAACAGUGCGUUGGAGUACGGAGCCAGUGCGAAAGUUUUCGGAGUUGAAAUUACCAUCACAUUGCCGGAUUCCCUCCAACUUGGAGACAGCAUCGAAGUUAGCGCUCCACCGGGCCUGGAGUUGCGAGAGUCCCUGGGGAAUGCCAGUCACCCAAAUGCGAGCCAAGGGAGAUGUCUCGACUUCGGGUGGCCUACCACUUUUCGGCCCUUGCGGGAAGAUGUGGAGCCGAACUGUCGCUGCUGGGUGGGCGAGGAGUUGCAAUGCUGGCUGAUCGUCAACAUCUCCCAUGUCGGAGCGGAUCCUGUGCUCGAGGACGAAACAGACCUCCGCUUCACGAUGUCCGUGAUCAACUCGGCAGUGCCAAAAGACUCUAUCAGGAGCUGGUGGAAGAUGGUACACUGGGCAGCGCAGGAUAGAAGGCUCCUGUCCGCAGGUUCUGUGCCCGGUUGGCCAGUGUACGGGCUGCUAAACAAUGUGACGGCCAUCAUUUCGGGUUGGAGGCAGCGUGCUGGAUCCAUUAGCGACAUCUCGAUCACCUUCAUUCCGACAGUGUGGGGGAGCACAAUGGAAAUCAACUUCUACAUUCCGCAGGGGUUCAACUUCGAAUAUGUGAGGCCGGGAGCUCCGCUGCUACGAGACGAGCGCACGCAGGGCGGUCGCGUUGUCGUGACCAACGGCGACUUCCGCCCUUUUGAGAAGCACGAGAUCUUCCUGGGUGAGGCUCAGCUCGGUCUCGGAGGCGGACCGACUCGGAUCAGUCUCGACAUGUACACGGAUGCUAUGAUGAGCACAGAAGUUGCAAGGAGGAUCAACUUCUUUCAGGGCUUUGUGCAGCCCGCAAGUGUGUCACUGCAUACGCAGCUGCUUCAAAGCGAAACGGUCGUCAGGCAUUACCAAGGUGAGCUCUACGACUCCGUGGUGCCGCUUCUUCCUCCCUUCGCCAUGCAGCUUUCGCGCAUGGAGUUCUUCGUCGUGCUUUCGCACUAUGUUAUGGCUGGCGAUGUGUUGCUGAUUCAGAGCGUCACAUCAGCUGGCAGAGUCGCCCAUGAGCCCAUCAACGAGGAGGGCUAUGAGCCGAGGAUCGACCUUUGCCACGGCCCAGACUCAGGUGCAGACGAGCAGGGGACUUGGAGUUGUGGUGACAUCGUUGGUGUCAACUUCACUCAGAUGUCGCUUAUUCGGGACACCUUCGACGUGCCUGUUGGGCUCCGAAUGGUAUUGCUUCCAAUGGAUCCGCGUUACGUGGUGGAGAGAUCAGCAUUGGAUGAGAUAGCAUCUCUUACCGAUGGUCAGCGGACAAUGGCCCUGGAGGCCAACAGAAAUUAUCGGGUGCAGAUUUGGCUACUGCCGUCCAUGGCGGAGACCUGGUGGUCCAUCUCCACCGAGGACACCACUGGGUUUCCAACAAGCUCCAACGACGGAGAGACCAGUUCGAUCACAUCCGUACCUGAAAUGGCCGUGACCGUGGCGCCUCAUGUGGGGCGCAGUCCACCUCUAUCUGCCGUCUACAUCACGAUCACCAUCAAGGCUGGCGCAGGGCAGACGGCCUACUCACGUCUGUUGGUCAUCCUUCCUUACGGCUUUGUGCCUCUGGGUGCUCUGGCUCCGGACAAUGCCCGUGCAAUGGUGGAGUUGGACCUGCGCCAGAUUGUGAACCCGCUGGUAGACGAGAUGUCUUAUCAGUUUCGGGUGUUGACGCCGCGGAGAACCAAUUUGGACCCACGUUGGUUUGUUCUGGCCCGCCGUGUGACAGUGGAUGAGAUCACUGGUGUGCAGAGCGACCGAAUUGUCGGCUGGGGCUCUGCUCCUGGAUUCGGGGUCGAGCCUUGCUACGUUGAAGCGAGGUAUGGUGCUCUUCCGCGGUACACGGGCUGGAUGUCCUUGACGUGGAAGGUUCCACAGAUUGCCGGCGCCAGAUAUGCAUUGUUCACCGCGCCCAAUGAGUUUCGCGUCAGUUGUCCGCCGCCGUCCCAGGCCGCACAGCCAUGCGAGCCCUUCCAGCUUGCAGAAGGGAUGCCAAACACCAUCACGGAGCUACCCAUUACCCGUACUUUGAAUGUGACGAUGGCAAAGGGAUGGCCUGAAGGCCAAGACUUCGUGUUUUUCAUGAUGCUGCUCAUCGAAACGCCAGCAGUCCUCACCAGUCUACAACCAUGGGAGCUUCGACUGUUGGACCAGGUCUUCACGGUGAUUGAUGCAGCCCUGGAGAUACCAUCUUUGAUGUUUGCGCCAGACCUUCAGGCCGAGAAUCCAACCCUUAGCUGGCUCACAGCUCCCCAAUUCGGCGAGGCAGCUACUGCAGCUAUACAGGUCAUCAUAACCCGCCGCAUUCGGACACUCCGAAUGUUGGUUUUCAUGCUGCCGGAGGGUUAUCGUCAUGACAUCCAGCACAAGAACCAGUUCGCCAACAUCAACAAGAAUUUUCCGUUGGCCAUCGACAAAGAGUGGCGGGAUUUCAGCAACAAGCGUUGGGUUCGCAUCUACAUCGAGCCCACAACCGUCGCGUCGGGGACGUUUCAAUGGAAUUUUCCCGUGGUUGUCUCAACUUCAGCGCCGAUCAACACAGAGUGGUAUGUGCUCCUGUGCGGUGACUACGAUUGCCAAACCUUCAGUGACCCUUCGGUGAUGGCGAUAUUUCCGGUGCCGGACUUCCAGCCGAAGAUUCCAGCCAGAACUCCCGCAAGCUGGAUAACCACAUCAAGCGCUGCUAUGUCGGGAAUAGCACUGACUCUGCUUUGCUGCUCCGUAUCACUCGGGGAGAUGUUCUUGUAA